AUGGCUGACACUGUCAAUGUUCUAACGUACCUUCGUUCGAAGACCCAGCUUGACCUGGAUAGUCUGGAUCUCGAAGCUGCCCGUAGCGGAGGUCCCGAUGGGCCGUGGACGGAUGCCACCUCCAACCCGGCAGAAUCAUACUUCCAGCUCCAGAAGGAGGAGAACAAGGAAAUCGUCGCGCAGGCAAUCCACCUCGCCCAAGAUCUCCACGAGAGGUACUCAAGCGUGACGCUCGCUGAGCUUCGGGUUGAGGUCGCUACCGUUUUGCUGGCCAACCAAGUUCUGCCCUACAUCACCGGCUCCGUCCAUGUCAUGGUCAACCCAUGCCAUGCCUUCUCCACCACGAAAGUGAUCCAGACCUGUCUGCGAUACCAUGAGAUCUUCCACCACAUCGACCCGCACUUUGAGCCCUCGCGCCUCGUCAUCAAAGUCUCCGCGACCUUUGAGGGGCUGAAAGCCUGCCAUGCGCUGCGGCCCAAGGGCAUCCAAACCCUCGCCACUACCGUCUUCACAAUGGAGCAGGCAAUCCUCGCCGGCGAGGCGGGGUGUGUGUCGAUCUCGCCGUUUGUGCACGAGCUGAAGGCUGGGUUCGAUGAUACGUUCGUUCUCUCCGUUCUCUUUAUGGCACACUUGUUGUGUUUUUUGUCGAUGGUUCAUCACGCCCAGAAGUACUACGUCCAGCACGGGAUCUCCACCCGUGUCAAGGCUUGCAGCUGCAUGUCCGUUGACGAGAUCCUGCAGUUGGCUGGGGUGGCGGCCCAUACGAUGCCGCCGGAGGAUCUGGAGAGAUUGGCCGGCAUGAAGGAGGCGGUCGACUCGCUGGAGAAGAAGUCCUUGUUUCGGUCGGAUGUCUCUGUGGCAGUGCAGCAGCAGCAGAUUCGCAGCUAUAUUGAUGAUGAAGCGGGGUAUCGGGUGCAUUUUGCGGCGAGUGACGGGGGACGAGGGCAGACUCGCUUGUUCCAGGCUAUUGCGAUCUUUGCGGACUUCCAGCAUAAGGUGGAGAUGGUGAUGGGAGGGCAGUAG